AUGUCAGCCCCGCCUUCGCCAAAGCCUUCGUUCGAGUCCGAGGAGCGCCCGGAAUCCAGCCAGAGCAUUUCACAGACUGCAGAGACCAACCACAAGCGCAACAUCUCUUUUGAGGACAAAACGAGGAGCUACAGCCCCCGACGGAGAUCUAUUCAGUUCCAAGUGGCCGCUGCAGAGUCGCAGCUGCCUAGCCGGCCGCUGGAAAAACGGGUUUCCUACGGAGAUACAUCUCCCAAGGAGUUGGAGGCGGAAAGAGACCAGAGGUCUGCCCAGGCGGGUCGAGGUCCCUCCCCACCGCCGCCAAAGACAUAUGAGCGGGGCGUCUCAUUCAACACCUUUGACAACCGAGAUGCUCCAGACUUUUCCUUGACGCUCAACUACAAGCAUAAAGGGUAUCAGAGCACCCGCCGAAGUCGGUCUUUUCUGGUGGGCACGGACCAGAAUGAUUACUCCGAAUUCGCACUCGAGUGGCUGCUGGAUGAGCUUGUUGAUGACGGCGAUGAGAUAGUUUGUCUUCGUGCGGUAGAGAAAGACUCGCGUAUGGCCAGUGACGCGGGGAUUGAGGAGGGCAAAUAUCGACAAGAGGCGAAGAGACUGUUUGACCAGGUGAUUCAGAAGAAUAGCCAAGACGAGAAGGCUAUCAGCCUGGUCCUGGAACUGGCAGUCGGGAAAGUGGAGAACAUCAUCCAGCGAAUGAUCCGUAUAUACGAGCCUGCCAUGCUCGUGGUCGGUACCCGCGGCCGCAACCUAAAGGGUGUUCACAGUCUCUUGCCAGGCUCCGUUUCCAAAUACUGUCUGCAGCAAUCACCCAUUCCGGUCAUCGUGGUUCGGCCAUCGCCCAAGCGCGAGAAGAAGAAAAAGAAGCGACGUGCAGAUCCAACCCGCAAAAGCUACAACCAGAUCCUCAAUCUGAGCGAGCAGCGUGGCAGUCGCAUUUUCGACGCUAGUUCCAGCACAGAGGAUGGAGUUUCUAAACUCCCCGACGAAGAGGCCGCUGUUGCUGAAGCGCUAGGUCUUCCAGCCUCUUACUCUCGUGCCAACUCGCGCAGCUCUCUUUCUGUUUCAGACCGCAGCAGCCUCAGCCAUGACGACUCGGACUCUUCUUCUCCGGUUCCGCACUCGCUCGACGCAGUGGUAAUGAAAAGCCCCCUCCUCGGCAGUCCCGCCAGUUCGGAGGAAAGCGUGCCUCUCAUUGAAAAUACAGAGACACCAGAAAGACCACUCACACCUGCAGCUCUUGACGAGCCAAGUGAAGACUCAUCCGACGAUACCGAGUCAACCUCACCAGAUCCAGCUAAUCCCGUCUCGAUCCCCACGAUCGAAGUCUCGAACGACCACGACGAGAAAGCCGAGGCAGAGGACAAGUGA